AUGGAAAACAUUUUAUAUUUUAGUAUUUUUUUAUUAUCAAUUAACCAUUCUUCUUUUCAUAUAGUUGAAUUAAGUAUAAUACUUAUAUCGUUGUACUUAACGAUUAGUCAACUGCCUGAUUUAGUCUUUCUGUUAUUGUAUAGAAAAAAUAAUUUUAAAAGGUUUUUUAAGAUAAAGUUUAUAGCUGUUGGAAUAAACUUCAUAUUAAAAAACAUUAAUAUAAUAGGAAUGUUGUUAUUAACAGAGUUAUUACUAUUAAGAGUGAAUGAUAAUAAAUUCACUGUAAAUUUAAGGAGAAAAAUAUUUCAUUUAAGUGCUUUUUUCAUCUUCUUAAAUAUAACAACUAACGAAAUGAAGUUGUUAUUGGGGUUGUUAGAGAAUUUUUUGUUUUUAAGUGAAAUUAAAUACACAAAAUACAUUUUUAGAAAAUUUUUAUCUGAUAAAGAUUUUGGUAAAAUAAUAUAUUCACAUAUUUUUUUGGCUGGAGGUUGUAUAUUACCUUAUUUUCACCUUAAUAGAUAUGAUUAUACAAAAGUAUUAAUAUCACUUUGCAUUAUGGAUAGUUUUUGUUCAAUAAUUCCUUUAUUAUUUUAUAAAAUAUCAAUAAAAAUAGCCUUAACUAAUAAAAAGACAAUCUUAAAACCCAACCAAUCAAAUAAGAAAACAAUUUUAGGAUUUGUUAGUGGACAAUUAGCUAGUUAUAUAACAGAAUACAUGAUAUUUAACAAAGUAAGUUUAUCUUAUCACUUAGUUAUGGGUAUAAUGGAAUAUAAAAUAAGUCUAAAUGAUAAUAUUACACUUCCUUUUUUAGGAACUUUAUAUUUAAAGGCAAAUAAAAAAUGA